ACCACGCCGCACCUCCUCUGCUACACCUCGCCCCUCCAAGCAGUCCUCCUCCUCGUACCAGCGCAUAGAUCCUUCCCCGCCAGCGCGGCGGGGCAAUGGGCCGGCGCAGGUUCCGGCUCGCCGACAUGAUGCCCAACUCCUGGUUCUACAAGCUCCGCGACAUGCGCCGCGCGCGGGGCCGCCCUCCUGGCGCUGGCGCCGUGGGCGGGGCCGCCGGCGCAAUGCUGCCGCCGCCGCCGCCGUCGCCGCGGGUGGCGAGGGCCGCGUCGUCCCCGAGGCGCGGGUCCGCGGCGCUCCCGCACAGGACGUCGUACUACUAUCCCACCCGGGACCGGGAGCUCCCGGCCCCGCGGCCGAGGGCCGCGGCCGCCACGGAGGAGGAUCGUGAGCUCCUCCCCCAGCCGGAAUCUCCUCCGACCUACUGCUCCUCCAGGAGGCGCCACCAGGUGGGACCCGUCAGGGUUGGACGCGGCCUGGAGGCUUUGGGCGCCGAGGCGCACGGCGGUACCCAGCGCCGGCGGGACAUGUACGUGGGGCGCGAUGGCAGUGACGACGACGGCGAGGAGGGCGUCGGGGAGGUCCGCAGGCCUGCGGCGACCGCGCCAUCGGAGGCCAUCCUGAGCGGCGGCGGCAAGGUGAUCGCUUCGGACACGGAUAUCGUCAUCGACCUCCGUGCCGAGGGCACCACCGAGCGGGUGCUCCGGCCGAUCGUGACCAGGCUGGCGAGGACGGAGGUGGUCCGGUACGAGCUCAAGGACAGGCACGUCGACGGCGGCGAGGCGACGCCGAGAGCGAGCUCUGCCUCGGAGCAGGGCAGCAGGAGCCAGCCGAGGCGGUCGUCCGUCUCCUCGGGGCGCCGCCUCAAGACGCGCGUCAACAGCCCGCGGCUGGCGUCCGCCAGGUCCAGGAAGAGCAAGCCGGCGACGCCGCCAGCGUCGCCGCGGAAGACGCCACCGCCGCCACCACCGCCGCCGCUCGCGGAGAGCUUCGCGGUGGUGAAGGCGUCGGCCGACCCGAGGCGCGACUUCCGGGAGUCGAUGGAGGAGAUGAUCGCGGAGAAGGGCAUCCGCGACGCGGCCGACCUGGAGGACCUCCUGGCCUGCUACCUCGCCCUCAACGCCGCCGAGCACCACGACCUCAUCGUCGAGGUGUUCGAGCAGAUCUGGGCGGGCCUCGCCGCCGGCGGCUACCCGUGAGCGAAAGACGCCGACAGGCGACGGCCAUGGGUGAGGUCGUCACCCGUCGCGCUCCGGCUGCAUGCUCGAUCAGUAUGCGUCCAUU